AGCAAGUCUCAGCUUCCAGCUUCCAGCUCCACAGCACCAAUUCCCACCUCCCGGCUUCCAGCUCCAGCUUCCAGCUCCCAGUUUCCAGCUCCCAGCACCCAGUUUCCAGCUGCCCAGCUCCCCAGGCCCCAGGAGGUCUCGGCGGGCCGGUGGGGCGCAGUUUUUCCUUGCGGGCCGGGGGUCCUGGGGGGCCCCUAUGGCGUCGUCGGGCAGCGGGAUGGAGGAGGUGCGGGUGUCGGGGCUGACCCCCCUGAAGCUGGUGGGCCUGGUCUGCAUCUUCCUGGCCCUCUGCCUCGACCUGGGCGCCCUGCUCAGCCCGGCCUGGGUCACCGCCGACCAGCAGUACGCCCUGUCCCUCUGGGAGGCCUGCAGGAAGCCCGCCAACGGCCCCUCCUGGCACUGCCAGUCCACGCUUGGCAGCGACUGGCAGAUCGCUACGCUGGCUCUGCUGCUGGGCGGUGCUGCCAUCAUUCUCGUGGCCUUCCUGGUCGGUCUGAUUUCCAUCUGCGUGGGCUCUCGCAGGAGAUUCUACCGACCGGUCGCGGUCAUGCUUUUCGCAGCAGUGGUUCUGCAGGUGUGCAGCUUGGUCCUCUACCCAAUCAAGUUCAUCGAAACUGUGAGCCUGAAAAUAUACCACGAGUUCAACUGGGGGUAUGGCCUGGCUUGGGGAGCAACUAUAUUUUCAUUUGGGGGUGCCAUCCUUUAUUGCCUGAACCCUAAGAAUUACGAAGACUACUACUAGAAGCAAGCUACUCGAAAGGAAAAUGAACAGAAAAAGAGAUUACUCCUCCAUCUUUUCUAACUCACUGUUUUCUAGAACACUCGUGGAGCAUCACGCCGUCUGCUCUGUCGAUUUAAUAUCCUUUGCCCUUCGGCUGCUGACAUCCUAUCUGGCUUUUCCAUCCCUUUAAGGGACCUGCGAAAAUCGAGAGCUGAUUAAACAGUCAAAUGCUGCAAGCUUCUGAAAUGUAAACUUCAUUUUCCUGGCAACAACUGAAGGAUCUCACAACCUGACAGCGAUCCUUCGGAGAAAUCGAGUUGCAACAGAAUGGCCUGUGACUCUUCUCACGCGCUGUGGGUUGAAAGCAGCUGACGUCAGCUCCAUUAAGACGUUCCUUAAACAAAGAUUUCAGGGAGACAGUUGACACAGUCUGCUUAUUGACCAGUGUCUCAUUGGGCCAAACCCCCAGCCACUUGCUCGAAUGAAUGAGGGGGUCAUUUGGCAUCUUCGGGGCAUAGUGAAUGUAACUGGUUAACGACUGAAAUUUCACCUUCGAGAGUCUUCUUAAUAAAGGGGGACAGUUAAUGUAUUGGCAUGCAGCUCCUCCCAAUUGCAGCAGAACAGCGAGGGAAAUCAGAGCUUGAGGGAAGUCAGAAUUUGGACCAUAUGCUUCUUGUUAUGUGGUUAGAAGUUUUGUCUCAGCUGUAACUAGCUUUGGGGAUAAACAGGGGGCCUCGCCUUUCCUCAAGGCAACCAGAAAGAAAAGAAAAUGCAGGAGUUUCAUUUGUCCUAAAUACCCUCUUGAAAUCAUUUUUCCAACACUACAGUGAACAGAUGGGGCAUCAGUAAUGACUCUAUUUUUAUAGAAGGUCAUCAUGAGUAUAAACAGUUUGGCAUAUAUUCACAGACACCUGUAAACGCAUAAAAAUAGUCUUUACUGUAGUCAAGUGGUUUAAGCACUGUCCUAAUACACUAUCGUUAAGAAUCUUGGAUUGGUAACCCCUUCUUAGUUGAUGUGCGAAACUGACCUAUCUUAAAACAUUUGACAAAUACACCCUUCAACAUACCUUGUUUUGUGGGGGAAUUUAAGUUAGAAACACAUAUAAGAAUUUCCAGCCAAAAUGGGGUGACUUCAAAAAGUCGUUAUUACACCGUAAGCAUUUUGGGGCUUCCAAGAUAGAAUGAAUUAUCACUUCCUUUUUAAAAGUCCUUAAAAUUCUAACCCUUUAUUUCCAGAAAAUCCAAAUGUCUAAAUACUUCUACUUCCCAGAACAAUAUAACCAAGGUAAUACUAUUUGGAAGCAUUUUUAGUAGAGGAACAGAGUUACUCCAAAGUAAGUUUUGUCUUUGGAUUUUAACCAAUUGGCUGAAAGUUUUGUGCCUCUAAUUUCUACUCUGCCUGGUUAUGGCAUUCCUACUUAAAAUCUGAGUAACAAACUGAAGGGAAUAUGAGAUAAAGUUGGGUAAAAUCUGGAACUAUUUCAUGCUGCAAAAACUGAAGCAUUUAUUUCUGUUUAAGGAUGCUAACUUGGGUACUGCCUAAUAUUUUUAUAUCAUAUAUAUUAUAUAUAUAUUCCAUUAUAAUAAAGAGUUAGAAAUAAUUAUUUUUGUUAACAAAUAAAGUAAAGGAAUAUGCCCUGUUUUGACACCCUCUGCAGGAAGAGAAUUUAAAAUCUGCCACAUUGGUCUUGGGUGCUGUUGUAGAAUUGCCGAUCCAAAAUGGAAUCACCCAACCUGUUAAAAUCAAUAGCAUUAAGUCCAUUUGACCUAAUUCACCAGGUGGGAAAUCUGUGAUAAGCAUACAAUUCGUGAACUCGCUUACUAGCCUGUGAUUUCCAAAGCUCUGUUGCCAAAAACUGCACCACCUUUCCUUUGGUUGACCAUGUGGCUAGAUUCUUAAUCUCAAAUCGUAUAUCCAGAUGAGAAAAUCAACCUGAUUGAAGAAUCAUGGUGAGGUAGCUUUUAAUAAUCCUGUGGCUUUUCUUCUGGCUCAUGGUAAGAACACACACCCAUUCGGUGGGAGAGAAGACUUCUUUUCAUUUUCCUGAAAAGCAUCAAAAAAGAAUUUGAAUCAGUUUUCCUGAACUCUAUGAAAAUUUGGCCCUGAAAUGCCUGGAGUGAACUGCACAUUGUCCCUGAGAGGUAGAAAAGAAAUUGGUGAGCUUGGAAAGGGACUUAGGCUACUAAAACCCCUCUAGUGAAGGAGGGAGACUUUUUAUUCCCAAAUAAAGGGAAAAGAAACGAGGCACUUUUUUAUGUCCUAGAAGAGGAUGCAGCGUGUGCCAUUUGACCACAACACACUUACAAGUCUUAUCAGGCUUUCAUUCUUUGGCUAUACGACAAACAAGAAAGCACCUGACAGUGUUUCGCGGUUACAUAUGUGCAGUUUAUAGGAGCGUAGAUUUCUUGGAUGAUUCUUUUUUUUCCUCUCCGGUGAAGAAUCCUGAUGUGAUAUAUCUACCACAAGUAACAUAUCAUGGUAUUUCACUACUGAACCAAUAGGGAAACUUUAUCAUUUUUUUCUUCCCAGAACACACCAGUUUCAGAACAAGUAUAAUCAUCUUCUCUAUUUUUCUGCUAUCGAGGCUUUUUACGAUAAGCAGACGCAAUUUCCGAUUGCACGGGCCUGUUUUACUUUUAAUUUUCCAGAGAAACGCGCCUUUACUCACAUAGGUAGAGCAGAAAGUUCGAGCAGGGCUAGUUAUUUGUAUUUCUGAAGCUUCAAGUCUAGUGUUGGCUAACACGGAGCAACUCUCUUGGAUCCCUUGCACAACAAUGUUUAGCUUUUGUAAGUUCGACAUGUAAAUUUUAAAGACAUAAAUAUAGAAAGACCUAUGUGUUUGAAAUAGAAAUGAUAUAUAUGGAUUCGCAUGUCACUGUAUAUUAUUAAACAUGCAACAAACUGACUGGUAAGUGGAGUCUAAUCUUAUGGCUGGCAAUGUAAUUUAUUCAGACUGUAUUUUUGUACAGAACAGCGCACACCAAUUUAAUGCCUCUCUGUCCUCUAUAAUGCCCAAAACCGUGCCUAGAGAUUUCAUCGGUCUUAAACAAAACUAAAUGUAUUUCAUGCUAUUGGUGGUAUUAAUUUAUCUAACUGUUGUUCUAUAUUUAUUUUUAAAACCGUAUGGUAUGUUUCUUAUGAAGUGCGAAUCCACAGAAACUAGUUCAUUUUUUUGUUCAUCAAGGGGAAAAUGAGUUUAUCUCUAAAACAGUUUUAAGUUUUAAAUUCUACUUCCAUUUUUGUGUUUCACAACUUUUGUAGCUGACUUGAAGUUAUCUAUGUGAAAAAAUAAAAAUAAUAAUGGUUA